AAUGCGCCUCACGGGCCGCGUGGAUUGUUGUUAUUGUCCCGCCGAAACCGAGCAAAGCAUGCUGGGGUUUGUAGUUCUCGCGGGUUUUUUCCCUACGUGCUCCGCGCUACUCUGUCCUGUCGCGCCUGUUCUCUGCUUCCCUGAAUCUUUAGGCUUGUGUUGGGCCAUUUGAACACCAGGAAGUUGAUAACUACUGAGACCGGCUGCUGAGAGACGGUGGCGCGGGUGGGACAGUCGCCAGGGAUGGCGGAGCAUGAGGAUGGAGCGGGUGUCUGGGCUGCUCUCCUGGACGCUGAGCAGUGUCCUCUGGCUCUCGGGCUUCUCUGAGCGGGGAGCUGCCCGGCAGCCCGGGAUCAUGGAAGAGAAAGCGCUAGAGAUUUAUGAUUUGAUUCGAACUAUCCGUGACCCAGAAAAGCCCAAUACCCUAGAAGAACUGGAAGUGGUAACGGAAAGUUGUGUGGAGGUUCAGGAGAUAAAUGAAGAAGACUAUCUGGUUAUUAUCAAGUUUACGCCAACAGUACCUCAUUGCUCUUUGGCGACUCUUAUUGGGCUGUGCUUAAGAGUAAAACUUCAGCGGUGUUUACCGUUUAAACAUAAGUUGGAAAUCUACAUUUCUGAAGGAACCCACUCAACAGAAGAAGACAUCAAUAAGCAGAUAAAUGACAAAGAGCGAGUGGCAGCUGCAAUGGAAAACCCCAACUUACGGGAAAUUGUGGAACAGUGUGUCCUUGAACCUGACUGAUAGCUUUCUAAGAGCCACCAAACUAUAACUGAUACAUUUGUUUAAACUCUUUGUAUAAUGUGAAAGAUUCGUGUUUAAUACAUAGGUGAUUUAUACCUUGAAACAUUUUUUAAAGAAUUAUUUCCAAGCAAAAUUUAAUUAUAAGGUAGUACCUAAUUUGUUCAGUGUUUAACAUUCUCAGGAUUUGUAACACUUAAAUGAUCAGACAGAAUAAUAUUUUCUAGUUAUUAUGUGUAAGAUGAGUUGCAAUUUUUCUGAUGCCCAUUCUGAUACAACUACUUUUCAUGUCAAAUAUCUAUGUGCCCAAAUAGAUUCAAUUUAAAUCGUUACUCUUUAAAAUAAAUAAAACAGAUGAUUCUUAUAA